UAUUGGCAGCUUUUCUUUUAUUUUCGUUCGUUUCUUUUUCUCUCUACUGUUCUCGUUGAAAGUGUAGCAUGGAAAUGCAAACCCUAGAAACCACAAGCUUUCCUACUUAGAAACACCACAGACGCCGUCGUUUUCACCUUUCACCUCCUUCUCAGCUGAAUCGAGUCAAAGCCUAAAUCUCUGCCCAAAACAAGAGGUUUAAGUAUUAUUUAGCUGAAUAAGUUUCGUUUUUGAGCAAAAUAUGUCGUCUUUGAGCAGAGAAUUAGUGUUUUUGAUUCUUCAAUUUCUGGAGGAGGAGAAAUUCAAGGAGUCUGUGCACAGGCUGGAGCAAGAGUCGGGGUUUUUCUUCAACAUGAAGUACUUUGAAGAGAAAGCGUUAGGUGGAGAAUGGGACGAAGUUGAGAAGUACCUCUCUGGAUUUACCAAAGUUGAUGAUAAUCGUUACUCUAUGAAGAUUUUCUUUGAGAUAAGGAAGCAAAAGUAUCUAGAAGCACUUGAUAGGCAUGAUAGAGCAAAAGCUGUUGAGAUUUUAGUCAGGGAUUUGAAAGUUUUCUCCACAUUCAAUGAAGAGCUCUACAAGGAAAUUACGCAGCUUUUAACUCUGGAGAACUUCCGGGAAAAUGAGCAGUUAUCUAAAUAUGGUGAUACAAAAUCAGCUCGAAGCAUAAUGCUGGUAGAGCUUAAAAAGCUGAUAGAAGCUAAUCCUCUGUUCCGGGACAAGCUUGGUUUCCCAACUUUGAAGGCGUCGCGCCUCCGAACUUUGAUAAAUCAAAGUUUGAAUUGGCAACACCAGCUGUGUAAAAAUCCUAGGCCCAAUCCUGACAUCAAAACACUAUUUACGGACCACUCGUGCUCACCUCCAAAUGGGGCUCGUGCACCUACUCCUGUCACUCUUCCAGUUGCUGCUGUUGCAAAGCCUUCAACUUAUGCUCCACUUGGAGCACAUGUAGGACCAUUUCCACCAGCUGCUAGUGCUACUGCUUUAGCAGGCUGGAUGGUCAAUGCCAAUCCUCCCUCAACUGUCCAAUCAUCAGUAGUGGCUGCAUCGUCAUUGUCUGUUCCACCAAAUCAAGUUUCUGUUUUAAAGCAUCCAAGAACACCUUCAAAUGCACUGGGAAUGAUUGAUUAUCAAAGCACUGAUCAUGAGCAACUAAAGAAACGUUUGCGCUCUUCACAGUCUGUUGAUGAGGCCACAUAUCCUGUUCCUACUCAACAAGCUUCAUGGUCCCUUGAAGACCUGCCAAGAACUGUAGCUUGUACCAUGCAUCAGGGUUCCACUGUAACAAGCAUGGAUUUCCAUCCUUCUCAUCACACAUUACUUGCGGUUGGUUGUGGAGAUGGUGAAAUUACUCUAUGGGAAGUUGGGUUGCGUGAGAGGCUGGUUUCCAAGCCAUUCAAGAUAUGGGAAUCGUCAAAUUGUUCUAUGCCGUUGCAGGCUGCUAUUGUAAAAGAUUCAUCAAUAUCUGUCAGCCGUAUAGCAUGGAGUCCAGAUGGAAAUUUGAUUGGGGUUGCGUUUACAAAACAUCUGAUCCAUUUGUACACUUAUCAAGGGUCUAGUGAAUUAGGCCAACAUUUAGAGAUUGAUGCUCAUGUUGGUGGUGUAAAUGACAUAGCCUUUUCUCAUCCUAACAAACAACUUUGUAUUGUAACUUGUGGAGAUGAUAAGUUAAUAAAGGUUUGGGAUUUGUCUGGAAGAAAACUUUUUCACUUUGAAGGCCAUGAGGCACCUGUUUAUUCUGUUUGUCCCCACCAGAAGGAAAAUAUUCAAUUUAUAUUUUCAACUGCUGUCGAUGGGAAAAUUAAGGCUUGGCUGUAUGAUAAUAUGGGCUCCAGGGUUGACUAUGAUGCUCCUGGGCUGUGGUGUACUACUAUGCUCUACAGUGCUGAUGGUAGUAGAUUGUUCUCCUGUGGGACAAGUAAAGAUGGGGACUCAUUCCUUGUUGAAUGGAAUGAAAGUGAAGGAGCCAUAAAGAGGAGUUAUAUUGGCUUCAGAAAGAAAUCUGCUGGUGUAGUGCAAUUUGAUACAACAAGAAAUCGCUUUUUGGCUGCUGGUGAAGAUAACCAGAUAAAAUUUUGGGAUAUGGACAACACCAAUAUGCUCACAGUACUGGCCGAGGGUGGACUUCCGAGUCUUCCCUAGUUGAGAUUCAACAGGGAAGGAAAUUUGAUUAUAGUUACUACAGCUGGCAAUGGACUUAAUGCAAAUGCUGAUGGUCUGAGAGCCUUUAAAGCAAUGGAAACACGAACUUAUGAAACGUCCAAAGGAACCACUGAGAUGAAGGUUUCUAGUUCUACUGUGGUUACAAGCAUCAGUCCAGUUAUUAGUAAAGUGGAAUGUGUAGACAAAAGCUCCCCUGUCAAGCCCACUCCUAUAAUCAAUGGAGUUGAAUCCAUAGCUACAGGCAUAGAAAAGCCAAGGAAUGUGGAGGAGGUAUCCGAUGAAGCCAAGCCUUGGGAACUGACUGAGAUUGUCAAUCUUGUUCAGUGUCGGGCAGUCACCAUGCCAGAAGGCACUGAUUCUGCUUGCAAGGCUGCUCGACUUCUUUACACAAAUUCUGGUGUUGGCAUUCUGGCCCUAGGGUCAAAUGGGGUUCAGAAGCUAUGGAAAUGGGGCCGCAGUGAACAGAAUCCUGGUGGAAAGGAUUCUUUGCCAUUGCUACAGCCGACUGGUUAUCACAUAGAAUCAAGGUAG